AUGCCGAAAUCCACCCCCCUCACAGCCCCCGCAACACCCAUAGCUCUCCAAGCCCACCACCUCCUCUCCCCACCCCCAGACCGCCUCACAAACACCGCAACCACACUAAGCAUCUCCCACCCCCAAGAAGACAACCCCAUCCACACCUUCACCAUCCACCGUCUACGCGCCCACGAACCCCCCGACAGCCCGGAUAGACAAGUCCCCCUCUACACAGUAUGCAGCAAGCCAUGGCCCAACACAGCGCGCAUAAUCUGCGAUACGGAGGAUACGCCCAUCCUGCUACUAAGACGGAUUUGGCUAUCCGGGGUGCGGAGGUGGGGCGUCCGGAUUCCCGGAAAACCAGGCGAUAUAUUAGAAGCGUCCAUGCCGUGGACCGGGGAAGGGCCGGGGAGCAAAGUCGGCGUCGGGAGUGGUGGGUUUCGGCUUGAUGUGCGAUUUGUGAAUGCGCUACGCGCGACGAGGGUAGCAUUGGACGAACCGCCGCCGUAUAGUGCGUUAGAAAGAAAUGGGAAUCUACCAAGAGAGAAAGAGACAUCCAUUCCAGAUUCUGUAUCGACGUCCAGACCUGCGGAGGACUCGACGUUGCCUUCUUAUGCCUCUGUUCGGCGGGAUUCGCCGAACGAAUUGCGGGAUCUGCUUGAUGCGAUUGAGCCGCCGCAGGAGCCGGCGCCGGCAUCGUACUCGUUGGCUGGGUCUUCGGCUUGUGCGCCUGGUUCUGGGAUCGGUGCUUGUGGGUCGAAGGUUGAGUUGAAGGUUUUGCAGCUAGGUGUGUCGGGGACGAGUGUGAUGAUGGGGAAUCAUAAGAUUAUCCAUGUUACGCGGCAUAAUUUUAUGGAUUACAGCAAAUCGAAACCGAAGUCGAGGCCGCGGUGGGAGGCUGAGGUUGCGGAAGGUGUGGAUUUAUUACUGGCAGUGAGUAUUGUGCUGAUUAUGGCCGAGUCGGUAUCUCAGAAUAAAUGGAGGUGA